UCCAAGAUGGCGGCACGCCUUGCCCGAUGUUCUUAUUUAGUUUGCAGCGUGGGAAUAAACCACACGCUUCCACAACAUGUCACCCUCAGGACUGGUGCACUUAACAAUACCACCUCUUCGUUUGCUUGUUAUGGGACCCGAAGUACAGACUCCACUCAGGGCACACAAGUCCAUAUUCCAAUAGAUCGUCUCACGGUAUCCUACAGCAGAAGCAGUGGUCCCGGUGGUCAGAAUGUCAAUAAAGUCAGCACAAAAGCCGAAGUCAGAUUCCAUGUUCACACCGCAGAUUGGAUCCCAGAGGGUGUUCGAGAAAAAAUACUUGAAAAGAACAAAAACCGCAUCAAUAAGGCUGGAGAGCUGCUGGUGACCUCAGAGAUGAGCAGGAGUCAACAAAGAAACCUCUCUGACUGCAUACAGAAGAUCUCUGCCAUUAUAGCUGAGGCCAAUGAGAAGCCCCAUGAACCUACAGCAGAAGACAUAGCUCUAAGGGAAGCAAGGUUAGAGAAGAGGAACAAAGAGCGACUGAAACAGAAGAAAAUCCAGUCAACCAUCAAACAAAGCAGAAGAAUGGAUUUUGACUGACUGUAUUUUUUGCUGCUUGUUAUGACUCGUCCAUAAGUUUGUACAUAUAAUUUACAUGUAUUCACAUGUCAAAUGCUGUUUUAACCGUUUUAUUGAAUUAAAUUUAUAGUCACACUUCAAUCAAAUCAACAUACGAUCAAGCACUUUGUCGAUGUUGGAAUCAUACUAUGAAAAUAAAAUCUCAAGGAAAAAAAAAAAAAAAAACAUAGCAGAGGAUGGUUUCGAUCCAUCGACCUCUGGGUUAUGGGCCCAGCACGCUUCCGCUGCGCCACUCUGCUGUAUGCCAUAAAGGUGCGCCAGGCUAGUAAUAACCUCUUUCCAAACGUAAGUGUGUAUUGUUUGUAUCCGUUGUUUGAGCUUCUGUCUCUACUCGACACGUAUGUGAAAUCUGGAAAAAU